AUGACUUCGCGUGGUGACAUAAUCGAAGAAGAACGUAUAUCAAGAAUCGAAAAAGGCACAGGCCAAGAUUGCCAUGGAGGAAUCGAGACAGUCAUAUGUACUUCUCCCAGCAUUGUUUGCCUUACCCAAAAGUUGAUAGCAGAGAUGAUUGGAACAUAUUUCAUAAUAUUUUCUGGAUGUGGAGUGGUGGUAGUGAAUAUAUUGUACGGUGGGAAAGUAACGUUUCCAGGGAUUUGUUUGACUUGGGGUCUCAUUGUUAUGGUCAUGAUUUACUCAGUCGGUCACAUCUCCGGUGCACACUUUAACCCUGCCGUUACCAUCAGCUUCGCCGUUUUCCGGCGGUUUCCCUGGUCUCAGGUACCAUCUUAUAUUUGUGCACAACUUGGGGGAUCUUUACUAGCGAGUUUGACACUAAGAAUAAUGUUUAACAUCACACCCGAAGCUUACUUUGGAACAAUUCCGACUGAUUCGAACGUACGAGCGCUCGUCUCCGAGAUCAUUAUCUCAUUCCUCCUAAUGUUCGUUAUCUCCGGUGUUGCAACCGAUAGUCGUGCGAUUGGAGAAUUAGCCGGAAUUGCGGUGGGGAUGACUAUAAUGUUGAACGUCUUUGUCGCCGGACCUAUUUCUGGAGCAUCAAUGAAUCCAGCAAGAAGCUUAGGACCAGCUAUAGUGAUGGGAAAAUAUAAAGGAAUUUGGGUUUACAUGGUUGGUCCUAUCAUCGGAAUUAUGGCCGGAGGUUUUGUUUACAACUUUAUCAGAUUUACAGAUAAGCCACUUAGAGAACUCACAAAAAGUUCCUCUUUUCUCCGUAGUGCUUCUCCAAACAACAAUGCUUCUUCUAGUUCUAACAGCUAA